UAGUGGUAGUGUUGCGUCUCAUUAUCAAUAUCUUGCAAUAGUGUGCUAUAUAAAUAAGGUUAAAAGAGAUAAUAACUAUUCAAGUUAUGGCCAACGAACCAAAACUGAAUCUCGAAAAACUAUUUGAUCUAGACCCUUACCUUAAGUCUCAUGAACAUGAAAUUCGACGCAGAAACUCCGAAUUCCGAGGGUGGAUCAAACGUUUGAACGACCUAGAAGGAGGGCUGAAUGAAUUUACACAAGGAUACAAGUACUAUGGCCUGCAUAUUGGCCAAGAUAAUAGCAUUGUCGCCCGCGAAUGGGCACCAGGUGCAAAGGAAGUGUACCUCACUGGAGAUUUUAAUAAUUGGCAAUGGCUGGCAACGCCCUACGAAAAAUUACCGUUUGGAAAAUGGGAGCUUAAAAUUCCACCCAAUUCGGACGGAUCAUGCGCCAUUAAGCAUCUCUCCGAGAUUAAGGUGAUCAUUCGCAAGCAAGAUGGAUCGCUCAUUGAUCGCCUCUCACCCUGGGCUAAAUACGUUGUGCCACCCCCGAGGGAGCUGGGAGUAAACUUUCAACAACGCGUAUGGCAUCCACCAGCUCACGACAAAUACAUGUUCCGUCACCAUAAGCCAAGCCGUCCACGAGCGCUGCGAAUCUACGAGUGUCAUGUGGGAAUAGCUACGGAAGACUAUGGCGUGGGCACAUACAGGAACUUUGCGGACAAUAUUGUUCCGCGAAUAGCCAAGUUGGGAUAUAAUACAAUUCAAGUCAUGGCCAUCAUGGAGCACGCGUAUUAUGCAAGCUUUGGAUAUCAAGUUACAAGUUUCUUUGCUGCAUCCAGCCGAUACGGAACGCCCGAGGAACUGAAGUAUAUGGUGGACAAAGCGCACGAACAUGGCAUCUUCGUGCUUCUCGAUGUGGUUCAUUCACAUGCGAGCAAAAACACACAGGAUGGAUUGAAUCAGUUCGACGGUACGAACUCCUGUUACUUCCAUGACGGUGCCCGUGGUGACCAUGCUGGAUGGGGCAGUCGUCUUUUCAAUUAUUCUGAGUACGAGGUGAUUCGAUUUUUAUUGUCCAAUCUUCGUUGGUGGCAUGAUGAAUAUAAUUUCGAUGGGUACCGUUUUGAUGGUGUCACCUCUAUGCUUUACCAUUCCCGAGGCAUCGGUGAAGGCUUUUCGGGUGAUUACAAUGAAUAUUUUGGGUUGAAUGUCGACACGGAGGCACUGAUCUAUCUUGCUAUAGCCAACUACUUCUUGCAUGAGAUGGAUCCAAAUGUAAUCACGAUUGCAGAGGAUGUAAGUGGUAUGCCAACACUGUGCCGGCCAAACGAGGAAGGUGGAGUAGGGUUCGACUAUCGCCUCGCCAUGGCUAUACCGGAUAAGUGGAUUCAGAUGUUGAAAACGACGAGCGAUGAAGAUUGGAAUAUUGGAAACAUCGUUCAUACACUAACAAACCGCCGCUGGAAGGAAAACACGGUUGCUUACGCAGAAUCGCACGAUCAAGCUUUAGUUGGCGACAAAACUAUUGCAUUCUGGUUAAUGGACAAGGAAAUGUAUACCCACAUGUCGACCGUGUGUGAUGCGAGUCUCAUCAUUGACCGUGGCAUUGCACUACAUAAAAUGAUACGCUUGAUCACGCACAGCCUGGGUGGGGAGGCUUAUCUCAACUUCAUAGGAAACGAAUUCGGUCAUCCUGAAUGGUUGGAUUUUCCCCGUGAUGGAAACAAAGAAUCGUAUCAUUAUGCACGCCGUCAAUGGCAUUUGGUAGAUGACCAGAUGUUGAAGUAUCGCUUCUUGAACGAGUUUGAUCGAGCAAUGCACCACACUGAGGAAAAAUAUCAUUGGCUAGACUGUCUACCGGCGUACGUGAGCUGGAAACACGAGGAUGAUAAGGUAAUCGCCUACGAGCGCAACAAUCUUCUCUUUUUGUUUAACUUCCACAGUACCAAAAGCUUCACUGAUUACCGCAUUGGUGUCGAAUUAGCCGGCAAAUACCGAGUUAUUCUGAGCUCGGACGAUGCCGAAUUUGGGGGUUUCAACCGCAUCGACAAAAAUAUCGAGCAUCAUACAUUCCCGGAGGGUUGGGCCGGACGACGCAAUUAUAUGCAGCUUUAUUUGCCCUGUAGGACAGUUUGUAUUCUUGCACCACAGUGAAACAUUAAUUCUGUUGAUUUGUGCAAAUGUUAGGAUUUUGGGGAACAACUUGCAUAUAAUCUUGUAGAUUUUGUUUUGGUUCUAGUAUCAAACAGUUAGAAAGCAUACCGUGACUUGUUAUUUAGAGCUUAAAGAUAAAAAUCACAAUAAAAACAUAUUUAGAAAUUAGUACUGUAUGUCGCA